AUGAUUAUGCCUGACACCGUCGUUAUCCAGAAAGUCGUCCUAGCAGGCAAAGGCCGACUUGGCUCUAUCGUUCUCGAAGAAUUGCUAGAAGCCGGCUUCGAUGUUAAAAUCCUCACUCGGUCGGCCGCAUCCCUCAAAGACGUACCAGAGGGAAUAGCAGUGUCAGAAGUAGACUACAGCUCCGUCGGAUCUCUUCUACAGGCUAUAAACGGCUACGACGCAGUAGUAUCAACUGUAUCAGGACCAGCUUUAUCGCUUCAAAAGCCCCUGAUAGAUGCAUCCAUCGCAGCGGGUAUCAAACACUUCAUCCCAGCAGAGUACGCCGUGAGCACAAAGACGAAGAACGGACCUAAGCUGCGAACCCUACCACCCUAUGUGGCAGUCACUGAGAUAUACAAGUAUCUCGAAGGAAGAUCCGACAAGCUCCAAUGGACAGUCGUUGCGCCCGGCGGAUUCCUAGAAUACAGCUUUGAUUUGCCGUUUAUCGUUGAUUUCAAAAAUCGGAAGAUGGACAUAAUUGAUGGAGGGGAGAUCGAAACGAGUAUCUCCUCGUUCCGAACUACGGCUAAGGCUAUUGUGGGGGUCUUCAAGCAGCCUGGGCGGGUAGUCAAUCGUUGUGUGCAGGUUCACGAUACGGUUAUUACGCAGAAGAAGAUUUGGGAUAUCAUUAUGAAAUCUGACCCGAAGCCUGAGACGUGGACCGUUGUUCAGCUUGAUAGUGCUUCUCGGUUGGCGGAGGGUCGGGAGAGGAUCAUGGCCGGGGAUUAUAGUAUGGAGGCCAUUAGUUUUAUGAUGGCGGGUGCGUACUUUAGUCGUGAUUAUCAGAAUUAUUUUGCGGAGAAUGAUAAUGACUGGCUUGGGAUCGAGAUGGCGCCGAAGGAAACACUGGAGGAGUUGGUGAAAUUAAAGACGAUUGAUGGGAUUAGUGGCAUUGCGAGUGAGCAGAUUGUUGAUCAUGCAUGA